AUGAAUUAUCUCCUUUAUGUUGAACGCGCUGCCGAAAAUCUUCAAUUCUACCUAUGGUACCAGGACUACAUCCAGCGCUUCGCCGCCCUCUCUGAAUCGCAGUGGGCAUUGUCACCGCCGUGGACGGAAGAGCAACGGAAGAGAGUGAUCAGGCUUAACAAUCAAUCGAAAGAGAGAGCAAAGCGUGCCCCUUCUGUUACUGGUGCUUUUGUACCCGCUCCCGCCUUUCCACCUGUUGGAGAAACUGAGCUGGAUGAUUUGACACCUUUUGCAACCCGCCCAAGCAGCUCCCACGUCGACCUUGAAACCAGCAGUAUUACCCGUGGAGACUGGUUUGACUGGGAUGGGGGAUCGAAAGCAGCGGAAUGCCAGGAGUCUAUCGACGAAUCAAGCGCCUUCGACGGUAUCAACCCUCUUGAGCCAUGUAUGACUGCCAGUUCUAUCAAUUACCUAUUGUGCCAACCAACCAUUGCUAACAAGUUACAAUUUUCAGUUACUAUUCAACCACAUCGCAAGGAAAUCAACCGAAUCAUAUCCACCUACAUCUUAGAUAACGCACCCCGGCAGCUGAAUCUCACGUCAAUAGAGCGCAUAAUAGUAAUGCAGGCUCUAUCCGCCACCACCCAUCCAUCCGCCUUUGCCGGCGUAGUCCAAGAAGUCGAAUGGAAUCUACGCCAACAAUCUCACCCGCAAUUCCUCCGAUGGUCUCUAAAUAACAGCAAUAGCAGCCGGCUACUGUGUGCUCGUGUAUUUAGCAUGCUAAUCAUCGCGUGCGGGCUCGCCUUAGCUAUUGUUUUGGUAUUCAGCAAGGUCCAUCGCGGCUGGAGGAUGUUUUCUGCCCUGCUUCUAUUUCCUGGUAUCGCAUCAUUGAUUGCUGCGAUGGAAGGAACCUGCAUGUUAUUUCUUUGUUUUUACAAGCGUCAACUACAUCCCUGGGAGAUAUACGGCGCAACAAAUGAACUUCCAAAGAACUCUUGUCGACUUGAUCGGAGCGCAUUUGAUGCCUUCGGGUCAACGAAUUCCUACGAUAACGAACCUUGGAGACAGAAGAACAAGAAAAGGGGCUUCUUCAGCAAAGUUUUAGAUCCACCAGUGCGAAUUCAAGAUCCAACCCUUUGCCAACUUCAGACCAUGACCAUCAUCCGCUCAACGACACUCGGAACCGCGAUUACCGGUGUGCUCGUUGGCAUUUUCAUGACUUUACCAAAUGGGAACUAUUUCUAG